UCUUGCAAGGUAAGUUUCCAAUUCGAAAAAAGAAAAGCAAAAUAGUUUCAACGCCUGUCUACUAUAAAAAAGCGCAAAAGCGGCGCCAAACGAAACCCAUCCCAAUUGGAAAACAAAAUGACGGAUUCUCAGAGCGAUUCGAAAUUCUUCAGUGUUCGAAUUGUUUCUAUAGACUAUUACAUGUCCCCUCCCCUUCCUACCUUCGACAUUUGUUACAGCAGUUUCCAAGCAGGUGGGAGAGUAAAUGAGGUGCCUGUCAUAAGAGUGUAUGGUGCCACUCCAGCUGGCCAGAAAACCUGCUUGCACCUUCAUGGAGCUCUGCCUUAUUUUUAUGUGCCAUGCUCGGAGCUCUUGCUCCAAUCAGAUAAAAAAGGGAGCGAAUGCACGAAUGCUCUUGCUCUUGCUCUUGAGAAGGUGCUCAAGCUUAAAGGAAAUGCUGGCUCAAAACGUCAACAUGUCCAUGGCUGCAGCCUUGUACGAGCGAGGAAAUUUUAUGGUUAUCAUUCUUCAGAGGAACUGUUUUUGAAGAUCUAUCUCUAUCAUCCACAGGACGUCUCACGCGCUGCCAAUCUUCUUCUGGGAGGUGCAGUACUGGAUAAGUCAUUGCAGUCCCACGAAUCUCAUAUACCUUUCCUUCUUCAAUUCUUGGUUGACUAUAACUUGUAUGGGAUGGGCCAUCUACAUGUAUCAAAGAUGAAGUUCCGCAAUCCAGUCCCAGAUACUUUCUCCCCAAGGAAGGCUAACUACGUUGACAGAAAAGGGCCUUCUAAUAUGCCCACUUCCAUGACUGCAGAGUUUCAGGUUGAUUUAGAUGGUGAAGCUUGUUUCGAUACGCCAAUUUGGAUAUCUUCUACAAUUCCGGACAAUUGGAUGUGGAAAUACUCUAGUCAGGCUGAUCCUUCAACAGACCCGGAUAUCCCUAACAUUAAGCGACAAAGUAUCUCAGAACUUGAAGGAGAUGCCAUUGUUGACGCAAUUAUGAACCAGCAGUUGAGGUCCUAUGUGUCCCCUUCACAAACCUGUUCCCAAGAGAAAAUGGUCCAGUCACUAAUACCGAUUUGGGAGGAGGAGUUUGCAAGGAAUGGUGUGCAUGAAGUGGGCUUGCCUCGUGAUCCUGGUAAACCACUUCGAGAUGAUGUCUUGAGAACACUUUCACAUGGGCUUGGAUAUGAAGAGAUUUUAAUGGAAUUAAGCAAUGAUGUGAAGGUUUCUUCUGAUAUGCUGCAGUCAAUCAACUCAUCAAUGAAUGAUGGGAACAUUGCCAAUAUUGGACAUUGUGGCUCUUUAAAUAGUAUACGCGAACCAUCCAGAUGCUCAAGAGAAGGAUUAUUUCAAGAUCAUUGUGUGGAAAAAAGGGAGGAAACUGAUGCAUGUUCCAAGCAAUUGUUAGCUGAUCAAUUGGAAGCAACUGUUUCCGUGGUACCCUCACAGGAUGUGAAGGCUUCAGAUCAGGACGCCUUAAGACUUCUAAAUUGGCUUGCAUCUUCUCAAGCUGCAGAAGACAUAAACUCCGAUGAUGACCUUGCUCGGGAAACCAUUUGGAGCCCUUUAAUGCCAGCAACAACUAUUGAUACGGUGUUGGAGAAGGCAAAUGUAGCCUAUGAGAAUGAAUCUCAGAAAGAGUGUGAGGACAUUCUUGAUUCUGUUCGCGAUUGUUAUUUUGAAGAAUUUGAGAGGAAGACUUCUCAGUCCAUCAGCAAUGAUCAUUCAUGCAGAAGUUCAUCAAGUAUGAUGAUUCCUCAGCUCGAUGGCUCCAAUGAUGAUCCAAACCCCUUUUCGUUUGUUAAUGAGUCAUCUGAAACACAUAAAAAACUCGGGACAUCUUCCCAAGCAGAUUCUUGGAAUAAGGCUACUUUAGCUACCAGCAAUAACCACAAAAAGAGAAAACCAGGAUGGUGCUCUUUACCCAUUGAUUUGGGUCAGAAUCUAAGUGAUUCACAUCCAAAUCCAGUUAACACACCUAGCAGUCACAUUUGUGACGAAAGAGAUAGCAGAGGAACUUCUUCCCACAUGAGUUGUAACAAAUACCCCAAUUUUCUAACGAGAAGUUUGAAUGAAUCUGCUAAUUGUGAUGUGGAAUCUAGUAUGAUAGUUGAAUGCUCUACACGUGAUUUAAUGAGGGUAAAAAGAUCCUAUCAGGCUGAGCCUCCUGAAUAUGGGAAUCAGGUAAAAAAGUUACAACUUGGUUCAAAAGGAAAAGAAGAUUCUUUUCUUUAUUCAGAAUCUAGUCAUGAUGAGAAAGAGAAAAUGCCUCUUGAUUCCUUGAUAUAUCGAUCAGCAAUCACGGAACAACCGAGAGAAUGUCAUGAGAGGAGCUCAUGUCUUGCACUUCAGAUGCAGGCUGAGCCUGAUGGCAUCAAAGCUGACAAAUUAAAUUGCCCUUCAUAUAGUAAGUUGCGACUUUCAUCCAGCUCUCUGCUGGCAAAUGCAUCAAAAGAUGGAGCAUUUCUUUCUUCUGAAGGACCUGACAUUGAGGUUGUCAGUGCAUCUUCAAGUUCGCAGAAUUAUGGAAUGAGUGGUGCAUCGACAUCACAAGGGAUUAAAGUUCUAUCCCAGCUUCCUAAUGUUGAGAAUAAAAAGUCUACCGUUUACAUGGGAAGCUGUGGAUGCUGUAGUCGUGAAAAAGUUGACAGCUGCAUGAAAUGUACUAAAAUUUCAGAUCCUGAUCUUUGUACUUCUAUAUUUCCUCCAUAUUCUCGGUUCACAUCUGAAACUGAAGAUAGAUUUACUGGUUGUGGGAAAUUGCUGCAAAAGAAUGUUGUAGGUUUAAGUCAAUCUCAUGUUGGUCCUAGUCGUUCAAUAUCUACAGUAACUGGUGUAUCUGGUGAAGUUGAGGAACUUAUAGGCAUGACCUCCAUCAAGAAACCUCCUAAGGUGGAGUUCACAGAUGAACCUCGACGCAAUGCUGAGUCUGCAUGUGGUGCCCCUAGUUACCAUAUGGUGAACAAGAAAAAUAAAACAAGGACAUGUGCUCAGGAUAGACGUUUAGAUGAAUGUCCCCCUUUCUUUGAGGGGAAUUGUCUAGUAGGAGAAAAGAUUUGCAGUACUAAUUGUGGAACAAGCAACUACGUUCAUUGUCAAGAAAAUGUGUUAGGUGUACCUGUUCACUAUCAAAAUGACGGGUCUUAUUUAUACAUGUUGACUCCUGUAUAUUCACCACCACGAAGUGAAUGUGUUCGACGAUGGCUGUCACUUGAUUCCAUAGGUUCUUCUAAAAUGAAUGUAGUUUCAGGCCCACCGGUGUACCCGUCAACAAAGGGUUGCUCUGAUAACGUAGCAGAAUCACAGGGUUCUCAAUCCACCUCUAGAGAUCAGCCUUUGAUGGAUUCUGUGUCUGCUUCAGAACCUAAUCCAAAUGAACUUCAAGUUAAAGAAAAUUAUCAGGAAAGGGAUAGUGUACGAAUCAUUCCUGUUCUCCCUGAUGCAAGAAUAAAACAACAAGAUGAAGAGAUCAUUUUGAAAUGUGAACCAUCAAUGCGUGGCUCUCAAGAUCUCUCCCAGAUAUCCGGUCCUGAUAGAAAAUCAAGGCUAACUCCCUUAAGUCAAACUGGCUUUCAAGAUCCGGCUAGUAUUGGUUGUGGACAGCAGUUAACAAUAUUGAGCAUAGAGGUCCAAGCAGAAUCCAGGGGUGAUCUGAGACCUGAUCCUCGAUUUGAUGCCGUAAGACUUGUUGUUCUCGUUUUUCAGGAAGAUGAUGAUCUUAUAUCUAAUACUCAUGUACUUGUACAUUGCAAUGGUGAAUCUGUUCAAAAGGACCUUGAUGGAGUAUCUGAAUGUGAAGUAUUAACUUUCUCUGAAGAGUGGCAAUUAUUUGUUCAUUUCAUAAAGAUGAUUAAUUCUUCUGAUCCAGACAUAUUUAUGGGCUGGGAUAUUCAAGGUGGUUCCCUUGGUUUUCUUGCUGAACGGGCUGCAUACCUUGGCAUUGGUUUGCUUAACAAAAUAUCUCGCACUCCAUCUGAGGCCAAUGUAGCUUCAAGAGACUCUGAAGGAGGAAAAAUAAGUCAUAGUUUUUCUGAAGGUGUUGCUGCUGACCCAAUGUUUCAUGAAGAUGCUGCAAUAAUUGAUGAUGAAUGGGGCCGAACUCACGCCAGUGGUGUCCAUGUAGGGGGUAGAAUUGUUCUUAACAUUUGGCGGCUGAUGCGUGGUGAAGUGAAGUUGAACUUUUACACACUUGAGGCCGUGGCUGAAGCAGUGCUGAGACGGAAAUUUCCAUUAAUUCCUAACAAGGUAUUGACAAAUUGGUUUUUAAGUGGUCCUGAACGUGCAAGAUACAGAUGUAUAGAAUACGUUCUUGAGAGAGCAAAACUGAACCUUCAGAUCAUGAAUAAUCUUGAUGUGGUAAAUCGAACAUCAGAGCUUGCACGGGUUUUUGGCAUUGACUUUUUUUCAGUUCUUUCUCGGGGAUCACAGUACCGUGUUGAAUCAAUGUUCCUGAGGCUGGCUCAUGCACAAAAUUAUGUUGCCAUUUCUCCUGGAAACCAACAAGUUGCUUCUCAACCUGCCAUGGAAUGUAUACCCCUGGUCAUGGAACCAAAAUCUGGAUUCUAUGCAGACCCUGUUGUCGUCUUGGAUUUUCAGUCACUUUAUCCAUCCAUGAUAAUUGCAUAUAACCUCUGCUUCUGUACUUGCCUUGGUAAAGUUACUGCUGCGAAAGCUAAUAUCCUCGGUGUUAGUUCAUAUUCACCUGAUAAAAUGGUGAUGCAUAAUUUAAAGGAUGAAAUGCUGCUCACUCCAAAUGGUGUUAUGUAUGUACCCCCUAGGGUCCGGAAGGGGGUAUUACCUCGCUUGUUGGAAGAAAUUUUAGAUACUAGAAUUAUGGUUAAAACAGCAAUGAAGAAAUUGGCUCCUGGACAGCAAGUUCUUCACCGGAUAUUCAAUGCGAGGCAACUAGCUUUGAAGCUAAUAGCAAAUGUGACCUAUGGGUAUACAGCUGCCGGAUUUAGUGGACGCAUGCCCUGUGCUGAGCUCGCUGACAGUAUUGUCCAGUGUGCCCGCAGAACAUUGGAAAAUGCAAUUUCAUUUGUUAACACAAAUGAUAGGUGGAACGCUAAAGUUAUUUAUGGUGAUACGGACAGCAUGUUUGUACUCCUCGAAGGACGGUCUGUUGAAGAAGCUUUUCGAAUUGGUCAUGAAAUUGCAUCAGAAGUAACUGCAAUGAAUCCGAAUCCAGUCACUUUAAAGAUGGAAAAGGUUUACCAUUCAUGCUUCCUCCUUACUAAGAAACGAUAUGUUGGUUAUAGUUACGAGAACCUUGACCAAAGCAAACCAGUGUUUGAUGCUAAAGGUAUUGAGACAGUACGAAGAGAUACAUGUGCGGCUGUGUCCAAGAUAAUGGAGCGCUCUUUAAGAGUCUUUUUUGAAUAUAAGGAUAUUGAGAAGGUGAAAUCCUACUUGGUGCGUCAGUGGAAAAAGAUUAUAUCAGGCAGAGUAUCUCUUCAGGAUUUUGUCUUUGCAAAAGAGGUACGCUUAGGCACCUAUUCUGCACAGGCUUCUUCACUUCCACCAGCAGCAAUUGUUGCCACUAAAGCAAUGAGGGUCGACCCUAGGGCAGAACCUCGGUAUGCAGAGCGAGUGCCUUAUGUUGUGGUCCACGGUGAACCUGGUGCCAGGCUGGCUGAUGUCGUGGUAGAUCCCUUGGAUGUUCUUUCACUUGAUUCACCAUACAGGUUAAAUGACAUAUAUUACAUCAAGAAACAGAUAAUUCCAGCUCUGCAACGAGUAUUCGGGCUCGUUCGAGCUAACUUGAAUCAGUGGUUUUCAGAUAUGCCUCGUCCAGAGCGGGAGGCUGCUGGUAAACGUCACGCAUUUGCUGCAAAUGCACACAGAACUAGAAUUGAUUAUUACUAUCUGUCAAAACAUUGUAUCCUAUGCGGUGAGCUGAUCCAGGCAUCUAGUUACGUCUGUCAAAAUUGUUCCAGAAAUGAAGCUGUAGUUGCUGCUGCAUUAACAGGAAGAACUGCAGUAUUGGAAAGAAACAUCCAACACCUUGCUGCUAUAUGUCGGCACUGUGGAGGAGGAGAUUGGCUCGUAGAAAGUGGGGUGAAAUGCAUAUCUCUCGCAUGCUCUGUUUUCUACGAAAGGAGGAAAAUCCAGAAAGAACUGCGCUCUCUCUCUGCUGUAACUACCGAAGCAGGUUUUUAUCCCAGGUGUAUGGUGGAAUGGGUUUAACAAUUGUCCAUCCUCCCAAUCCAAACAAAAAUGGUUCUUUCUCUUCUUCUCCUCAGACGCUUAUCUUCCGUUAAACCAAAACUCUAUCUUUUAACGAAAACCUUCUCUUCCUUUUCACCUUCAGAUGCUACCCCAAACACCACCACACCCUCUAAACCUUCUUCUUUAUCAGCUCGUAUGAGUUUCGUAUUCGAUCAAAUCGACGCCAUUGAAAAAGAACAAGCCGAAAAGGACCAAACCCUUCAACGUAUUCGGGCCUGGCGUGAAUCCAAGAAAGCCCAAAAUCAAGAACCGGUUGGUUCAAGAACAGGUUUUUCUGAUGUGGGUUCAUCAGAAAUAGUGUUUGAAUCAAGAAAGAAUGGUUUUUCUGAUGUGGGGGCAUCUGAAAUGGAGUUAGAAUCAAGAAAGAAUGAUGGGUUUGUUGUUGGUGAUGGCGAUGGUGGUGGGUUGAUGAGUAAGAAGGUGGAAUUGGUGCAUCCAUGGCCUGAGUGGAUCGAGUUAAUGGAGCGAUUGGUUCAGCAGAAUUACUUUGAUCAUAAGAGAAAAGAUGAGGAUAAAAUGAUUGAGGAUUUGGGGUUUAAUGUAGCUGACGUAGCUGAAGAUGAGGGUUUUGAUUUUACUAGGGAUUGGAAGACUGUUCAGACUGCUAUUCUCAAUUUUGGCAAAGAUCGUUUCGAUAUAUUAAGGUCAUUGUCGAGACAGGAUCUCCAAAUUUUGGUUGGUUAUGGAUGCGCUAGUACAGACAAGAAGGUGGUUUUUUCUUCCAAGUUAUUGAGGAAACACGUCCAUCUGGAUGAAGGAGAUGUUUGCAGUUCUUGCAAUUUAAGGAGUUCUUGUGAAAGGGCAUAUUUACUUACCAAUAAGGAGGAUGAAGCAAGGACAAUGGAUGUCAUGCGUGUCCUAUUGACUUAUGGUUUCGAUGCAAUUAAUGGAUCAGUUGCUAAUGAGAGCCUUAUGAAGAAGAAAUCUGUAAAGACUGUUGUACGUAAAUUGCUUCACGAAGUAGUCAAGUUGAGUGCUGUUCCAAUAGAUCCAAAUCUUCCACCUCCAGUUUUUAAAAAACCACCUCCGAAGGUGAAGCAGCCACCUCCCCCUCCGAGAAAACGAGUAGGACGUGACGACAUUGAGAUGAAAAAAGGAGAUUGGCUGUGUCCAAAGUGUGACUUCAUGAAUUUCGCGAAGAAUACCAUAUGCUUACAAUGUGAUGCCAACCGGCCGAAGAGACAGCUGCUUCCAGGAGAGUGGGAAUGUCCCCAGUGUAAUUUCUUGAACUAUAGAAGAAAUGUGGUAUGUUUUCAUUGUGAAUGCAAGCGCCCAGCUGAUGACUAUAUGGUCGUUCAACAGCAGGGAAGGCAACAAGGACCCAGGACACACAUGGAUAAAAUAUCUCGCCGCCAGGAUGUUUCUAAUGCAUGGAAUUUUGAUUUUGAUGAUGAUGAAUCAGAUGGUGCGGACGUUGCUGCCUUCGAGAAUGCAGAUUCUCAGAAACGGGAUGAAGGUUUUCCCUUAGAUAGGCAAGAACAAAGAGAUACCUCUAGGAGCAAUGAAGAUGGUUUCUACAAGAGCAGCAGGCCUUCAAAAGGUUACGAAACUGAUUACCCUGCACCUGGGAAACCAGGGGUAGGAUUUAACGAUUUUGAUGAUGAAGAAGAUGAUGUUGACAGCUAUGAGAUAGACAGUAGUGGAGCAAACAGAAGUUCUAGAAUAGAUUUCUCGGAUAUUGAGGUCAACUCGGAUUCUGAAGAUAUUGAUAAUGUUGAUGACACUUUGCCUGUUGGUAGAAGGAACAGUUCCCUCGCAAGUGAUGCAGAUUUUAGACCAAGGCAUCAGAAAGGGGCUUUUCGUGGUUCUGAGGAUGCUGAAGUGGAUUUUGACACAGAUGACGACCUUCCAAUUAAAACUAAUAUGAAAUCUAGUCAGGUUUCUUAUUCUAAACCAAGAUCUAGGAACAAAGGUGCCACGAGUUUUGACUCAGAUGACGAUUAUGGCCUCAGCUCCGACUCCGAUGGUGAGGAUUUCAGAAGUCAACAGACUAAAGGGAAUAAACGGGGAUCAAGAAGGGAUUUUGGAAGGAGAAGCGGGUCCUAUAGUGAAGAUGAGCCCUUCUCCGACUUGGAGAACAACAAUGGUAGGUCAUUUCACAAAAAUAAACAAAGAGGUGGUAAGGCAGGUCAAAAUGGCAGAUGGGACUCAUAUGAAGGUCGUGGUGAUAGGACAAGAGAUAAAAGAACCUCUUUUAAGGAUAACAUGAGAACUCCCAGAGACUCACGCGGAAGCAGCAGAAGAAACCAAGAUAAUGGAUAUAACGAUUAUAGAAGCCGUGGACGUGAAGAGUCAUCUUAUAAACAGCAACGAGGAAGAAAUAGUAAUUAUGGUGAUCGAUCAGAUAGUUACUUAGACGAGGAAAGACAUAGGAGGCCUAGAAUUAAUGUACGAUAAGUCUCAACUUAUAGCUUAUCAUUUCAAGAGUUGAUUGGCUGCAGGAAUAGCGCUAUGGGUCUCCCAAGUGAGGAAAUGAGAUCUUCAGAAGGGCUUUCUGGAAGUCAGAAACAGCACGUCGACUUCUGAAUAACCAUGAUCAUGUCAGCUUGGGUGUUAGAAGCUUCUUACCCUAAGAGAUGAGCUACAGUUUCCCUGACUGGGUGUAUACAAGCUGUAGUAUAAACAAAUUGAUUGGCGAAAGCUUCAUACAAAUAAGCUAACCGGGAAGAAGUAAUGAUUCCCAGGCGAUAACUUGUAGCAACCCUAUGCGUGACCGCAAAGGUGCAGUAUCUUCAAUCUUCUUUGAAGUGUUUCAUUUAGUUCAGCUGGUAAUAAGAUCUAUGUGUUGUAACUAUAGACGUUUUUCUGUAAACAAUAAUUUGCUAACUAUUGAUAUUGGUCCCUGUUAUUCGUAUGCAGAAAGUAUCCAACAGAAUUACACCUGA